AUCAUCACCUUCGUUAGUCAAAUCAUAUUCAUCAUUAUUACGUACCCUCUCCUUCCUCCUCCUCAUCAUAUUACAUCAGUCAUCGUCAUCAUCACCACCGGGCACCACCACCAUACUGACCACGUACCACCGCCAUCAAAAUCACUGCCAUCUUCAUCAUUGUCAUCAUUGUGGACACGCCCACACCACGCCCACUUCUCACACAUGGCCCUUACAAAUGCAUUAGAUACAAGAUUGCCGCAAGGGCGUUCAUACCGCCAGGUACUUGCUGCCGUUGUUCGGCGAGUCGGUACGCGUUGGAUGCAUGUUCGGGAUUCGCUACAAUCCGGAGCGACGCGUCGCAGGCCAAGCCCAAGUUGUUCGUUUAAGGUAGCUCGAUAAAACAAAGGAUCACAUUCACGAGGAACCAGGAAAGCUCAAAUAUAUCUACUGAUCUCUUAGAAGUGAUGCACUAGACUAGAAUCUACUAUCAUGAUGACUAAGUCUUACUACUUACUGCCUGGAUUGAAUUUGAAAGCAUGCCAAUUGCCAUUGUCCCAGACGUUGGAAUUCGUGUCACAGCUAGACGACAUGACAAUUGAAUUUGGAAUAGUAUUCAUUCACUUCAAGUCAGAGGUCGAGGUGGACUAAAUUAGAUGUCUGUAAUUACCAAAUUAUUGUUUAUAUCAUGAUUUUUUUGCUAACAAGGUUUUACCAGUAAUCUUUGCCUUGAUCAUGCAACAGAUAAAGAAUAUCAUGUGUUCCCAUGCACGGUCGUUGUCACAGCUGCUGAUGAGAAUGAGAUCGAAAGAUGCCGAUGCAAGAUGCAUUCAUGCGAGCAGUGUCCUGAGAAAGAAGAAACCUGGUCUGAAAAAUAAAUCACACAGCUCUCAGCAGUGGAUCAACAGGCACCUUACUGAUCCAUUUGUCAAGCAAGCAAGGGCUGACAACUACAGGGCUAGGAGUGCAUACAAGCUUUUGGAGAUAGACUCCCGGUACAGACUUAUGAAGUAUGGUCAGACUAUUAUUGAAUGUGGAGCAGCACCCGGCUCAUGGACACAAGUGACUGUUGAAAAGACCAAUUCUGCUAUGCAGAACAAUGCCAAACCUAGGGGAACCGUCAUAGCUGUGGAUCUACUUCACAUGCAACCUGUAGAGGGCGCUAUCAUCCUGGAUCAGAGUGACUUUACCGACCCUUUCAUCCAGGAGGAGAUACUGGGUCAUUUAGACAACAGACUUCCUGAUGCUGUCUUGAGUGACAUGGCUCCAAACGCUACAGGAAUCCACGCCAUGGACCACGAGCAAAUCGUCGCCCUCGCACGGACAGCGAUGGGCUUCGCGACAAAGGUUUUGUGUGAGAAUGGUCACUUCCUGACAAAGUUGUGGGACGGACAUGAAACGGGGCUCUUGAAAAAGGACCUUGCAGACUCUUUCCGUUCAGUGAAGGUAUUGAGGCCCGAGGCGAGUCGGAAGGAAUCUUCCGAAAUCUACCUCUUAGCGCGAGGUUUUAAGAGAUAUCUGGUUCAUCCGAAAAGCUGAUGUACAUUGUAUGUAAAGCACCCCUCCCCCCAAAAAAACCCCCCUGAUUGUAUCUACCAGUAUCUGGAGGGGAAACCCAGAAGAAAUCUCCAAAAACAUACAGCCUGUCCAGAAUUUGUUUUUUCUUGAUCGACUGUUAAGAAGAUAUAGUGUCGACUUGACACCUAUUUGGUGUCUACCCAUUGUGUUCUCUAUGAAUUUGAGUUGAAAUAAUUUGAUGAUCUGGGAUUUCAUGUUAUUUGUGCAUUCUUCUUCCCGCAUCUUUAAGUCAUCGUCUCUCUUUCAGCCUAAAGUCAAGCAGGUGAAUGAUAAGAUUAAAUUUGAUAUUACAAUAAAAUUGGUCGAGUUCCGAAAAGGUUCCUCCAAACUGACUUGGAAACCGAGUAUACUAGGUAUUCUGUGGUCGGAAAAUUUAUCCCAAUCAUGAGAUUCCAGGUAUUUUUGCCAGUGGAAAAUCAAAUUACUUGUUACUAUGCCUGAAAUUUAUUGCUAAAUAAUUUCCCAGGCCAGAGAGUACGCUGGCAGCGCAGACGCCAUAAGGGAUUUGGUUGCUUGCUUGGGUAAUAAUUUUGACUUCUGCACCUCAUCAGCUAUCGAGACCUUACUCAUACAUGUAUGCUCACAACUCCAAGAACUUUACCCCGUUCAGGUUGUAAUGAGUGCAGAAAAAUAAUUUUCUGAUAUUUUGAGACCUGAACAAGUUCUUGUUAAUUUACAGGUACCUGUAUUUUGGUGAUCAAAUCAGUUUGCAAACACCUCCCUCAAUAAAUGCAACAAAUCCAAGGUUUUUAUGUUACGUCAGACAUGAAUCUUUAUUUUGAACAAAGACCAUAUUGAAGAGUCAUGCUUCUUUAUACAAAUACAGUUUAUAACAUGCCAUCAUAGUUUAUCUUAUAUACAAUUUUACAAAAGAAAUUAGGAUUUGCACAAUACACAUUCAGACAAAGGAAAUAUAAUCUUUAUAACUUUUCCCCCUUGAACAUCAAGAGGUAUGCUUUUUCAAAUCAGACAGUAAUAUUGCCUUUUUUAUAUCUGUCCUUCAAUUCACACUUAUGAUUUCUGUCAGAGAAAACAUCAAAAUAUAUAAAUUUUUUUUAAUUAAAAGAACAGGGUUUGAGACUUCAGGGCAAUACAUAUAUGUCAGUGUGGAAUAGGAUGAAGAUAAAAGCUGUUACAAAGAUACUUAUAAUGUUCCAUCUCAUUUCAAUUAUUCUUGUGACUCUUGUCUGUAGCAUAGGUUUGACAACUACAUUUAAAUUCAUCUGGAAACCCAUAUUUAAGACAAUGGGUGAUUUCAAAUUUGGUGUUGACCUUUUUUGGUGAUGGUAUGUGCCUUAGGAUGAAAAUCAGCACAGCACCUUAAAAUAAAGCUGGUCCUCAAAUGAAUCUCAAUAGGAUUUGAGCUAUCAAUAAUAUAAUUUGGGCCAUGAUUGUGAACUCGAUAUAGGUGUUAGUACUCAGGAAGGCAAUCUGAAUUAUUCUUCCAAUACUAAUACCAACACUGAACAGGUCAGGUACUGGUGCUAAGGCUAGGUAAUUUGUGCUUCCAAUACCAACAUCAAUGCUGAACAUAUUAGGUGUUGGUGCUAGGGAAGGCAAUCUAAUUUGUGCUUCCAACACCAAUGCUGAACAUAUUAGGUGCUGGUGCUAAGGCAAUCUAAGUUCUGCUUCCAACACCCACACUGGACACAUUAGGUUCUGGUGCUAGGGAAGGCAAUCUGAAUUGUGCUUCCAACACCAGCACCAACACCAAAAUUGAAAUCACCCAAUGGGCAAAGAUAGGUGUAUUACUGGAUGCUAACCUAGUACAGGCUUUACAAUAUUCUGAGGGCUGAAAAGGCAUUAUUCUGGUGGAAACUUGUCCUGAUUGAAUCUUUCAUCAAUAGAUGACUGUUAUACAAUUUGAAGAAAGAAUCAAGAAUCAUUACAAAACACUGCAUAGCUCUUGUCCAUCUGGUUAUCUGUGCUUUCAUCACUCAAGUUGAAUAUUAAUGGUAAUAAAUGAAUUAUUAGUUAUUAUGAACUACACUUAGUGACUGAUGAGCUCAAUGAAAUUAAAUGUACUAAAUAUUUUAUUAUAUUAUUGCAUUUCAUGCUGAUGUAUAUAUUCCAAUACUUUCGGUGGAAAGAGAACAGUGAUAUUUGGAAAUAAAAUCUGACCAUUAUUUCCUUUUCAAGAACUAUUGUUUUAAUAGGUAAUACUUGAAGAACAAAUCAAAGGAUAGGUAUUAGUUAUUUGGCCAUUUAGUGUAUCACGGUGUCACAAUGACCAGCCAACUUCUGAAUAAUUCUGAAAUCAUAUUGGUAAUUAAAUUUUUUUUCUGAUUCCCCCCCCCCCACAAACAAAACCCAAAACAAAACAAAAAUCCAAGACAUUUUGAAAACAAGAAAGGCCCAAUUCACUAAGGAGAUGAGCACAUAGUCUCUUCAAAAUCCGAUUUUCCCUUCAAUUUACAGUAGCUCUUAUUAUUAUAGCUCCUAAAAAAAAGAAGCUAUGCCAUUCCUUUCCACAGAAAAAUAGCGAAAUUUCACGGGCAACAUAAAAAAAAAUGAUCAGAUUAAUUUGGUUUUAUACUGAAGAAUAAUACAUCCUGGGCUGUCUUGCAGGUGUGAUAAACCACGCAAAUACCCAAUUUUCAAUUUUUAACUUUUCUUAAAACAGACUUCAGAUUACAUACGUCAGGGCUUGACAGUAACACAAGAUGAACUAGUAGGAUAACAAAUAAAUAUAAGAAUUGUGGUCACAAAUAUCUUGAAUUUGAUCGUACUUCAUACAUGAACGCUUUUAUGGGCGUAUCAUUGUAUACAUGUGCAUACUUGCCUUGAGCAUGAAAGUGACGGUGUCUUAUACCUCAGUCACAUUUGCUCUAUGGCAGCCAUACGGCGAGUCAAAAACAGCUGUUUUAUGCACUUUUAUUCAAAACCACCUAUAUGUAGCUGGUACAAAAAAAAUAAAAUGGCUGUUUUCGACUCGCCGUACAGCCGCCGUAGAGCAAAUGUGACCAAGGUAUUACUGUCAUCACAUUGGGCAAUCUCAUGAAAUGUGUACAGCUGACACCCAAAUAAUACUGGUAAUGUUUUUUUUUACCCAGGGUAGCCACUUCAGUUGGGAAACUGCUCUACCAGCUGGCCCUGCAUAAUAUAAUGAUUAUUACCCUUUAUAUCAAUAUCCAAUCUCAAUGCUGAGCAAGGCAGAAGGUCCCAUUUUUAUAAGUCAUUGGUAUGGCUCAACCAGGGAUUGAGCCCAUGACCUCCUGUUCAUGAGACAAGUGCUCUUCCACUGAGCCACCAUGUGUGAGACCUUUCUGAAUUGAUUUGUCACGAUUUUUCUAAAAUUGUAAUGCUCUUGGCUUAAGCAGAUCAUAAAAUAAGACAAGAUUAACGAAAAAAUGGAGUCAGAUGUACAAAGAAGUUGAUAAUGUUAUGGAACUGAUUCAUGGUUAAUACGUGUAUGCAUUCAUUAUAAAUGACAACCGUUUUUCUCAAUUUCUGAUCUUUUCCAUGAAAAAUAUUGUGUGCACUUGUAUAAUUGGUACAAGAAAAACUAUAUCUUAUCAGCUUGACUAAAUAACAAUAAUAAAUUAAAACGAGGUAAGAUGAUUAAUAAAUUACAGAUAUCAAUUUACAAUUUAAAAAUAUAGCACCAUGCUUUUAAUAGCAUCCGAUCUAAACGAACAUGCAUGGUUAACUGGUUAUUGACCAAUCAGAAGAGGGUUCAGGGGUCAUGUGGGAGAUGCCGAUUUCACAUGGACACAGACAUAAGGAAAUUCUUUAACAGGUAAACAAAUAGACUGUGACUAAUGAGGUUUUCUCCUGUUUUGAAUGAGAGUAAUAAGUCAACCUUCUGUAUCAAGUUUUAUAUUCUCCUAGGUCGAAACAAUUUUUUUUAGACCAGAGUAAUACUUCCUGAUGCAUGACUUUGGGGUAAACCACUAAAAGGUACAAGGUUUGAUUAGGUAAGUCAUGUGUUAUACAAAUUCUA